UUCAUUCAUUCGUGUUCGAGACAGCGCAUAUCUCGCGUUGAAGUUCCGAGACUGUGGAGUUUGUUCGUUUCGUGGUGUUGUUCGCUGUUGAUCCAAAACAUGGCGACAACUGCCUGCUCUAUUGUUUGAAAACGGGGAGUAGUUUGCAUUUUGCUUGUCGCGCAAAAAAACGAAACGGCACACGGUUGUGCAGACGGACAGACUAGCCAGCCCCAAAAAGGCGAGAUUUGUUUUCGGGUUUCGGCGGCGAUUUUGGUCGAUAUUUGCCCGGAUACAUAUUGUAGGUGUGAAGCAGUCUCCUCUUCUGCGGUAGAAGAAGGCUUCAACGAGUGAAAAACAGAGAAAUUCUUUGCGGGAUCUAUUUGUUAAAGCAAAAAUUUUUUAUGUGUAUUACGAAGCUGUAUACAGUCGAUCAACCAUCGUGAUGUGUAAGAAUUGUGUGAUUCCGGGCUGAAGCUUUUCAAUUUUUUCAGCGUUUUGAAAAAUUAUUCUAACUGAAGCCGGAUCGAAAAAAGGAAUCAGAAAAGAUGUAUUGUUUGUGAAACAGUGAAAACGGCCAUUAAUGAUAAGUUAGUGAAGAAAUUGGCAAUCUUUGGAGUUAGAAGAAGAAGUGAAGCAAAGUUGUUUUUUGUUCUGCGAAAACAGGAAGAUAUGUGAAACAAGCAUCGAGUGAAUCUGAAUGUGAUUGUGCUUUUGACAAAAGUUCAAAAACCAUCGACCAAAUCAAUCAUUAGUUUAUUAGUUUGAAAAUUUCCGGAGGAACCACCCGUAUCCCGAUUCCUCCUCACUCUCUCUCCCACCCAGUCCGCUUCGAGCGUAGAUUGCAUUAGAAACUCCCGAGUGUUCAUCUUCCAUUUUCCACCAUCGGACCAGCAAUCAGUACCCACACAACCGCAGAUCUCAGAAUUAAGAAAAGUUGCAUCGUAUGUUGUACCUUCUCGCAAAAAGCAGUGAACCAAGCGCCACGGCAGUGUAUUUACACAAAGGGAUUUCACAUUUAGCAACAACAGCGCAAAAGGAGCAAAAAUCCUCUUUCACCUCCGCGUAGCUCUAUAAAAACAGGCCUCCGCCCUAAGCAGCUCUAUGCUCUCUUCGGUUCUCUUCGUUCUGAAUAUCUCUCAGCUCAAGCUCCGGUCUGCUAUAUCCCUUUAGGUGAAACGGAAAACCCGCUGCAGGAAACAAAAAAGUAGGGAAAAGGACGCACUACUCCUUGCUGUCAAAAUUCAUUGGUUUGUACGAAAACUGGCAGAACGAAGAAAAAGUGGAGCGAGAAGCGAAUAGCGCAAGGAGGAAGCAAACUUCAUCAUCGAAGGCAUAAAACGAUAGCCCAGCGAAUAGUGGGGCAAAAUAAAAAAAGCCAAACAAAAGAGGGAAACAUACCGGCUCGAGCAGCCGACACGAGCGACAUUUACGACGGUAGCUUUGUCAGCAGAAAAAUACCAACAAAAACAACAACAGCGCCCGGAGUAUUCCAGAACGGAGUCAAAAUUGCAGCAGGGAAUAUGUGUGAGCAAAGUAUUAUCGGUGCCCGUGCCUCGGUGAUGGUUUACGAUGAUGGCCAAAAGAAAUGGAUUCCCUCGGGUAGCUCGUCGGGGCUCAGCAAGGUGCAGAUCUUCCACCACCAGCAGAACAACACAUUUCGAGUGGUUGGCCGCAAGCUGCAGGACCACGAGGUUGUGAUCAACUGCUCUAUUAUUAAGGGCCUCAAAUAUAACCAGGCGACAACGACUUUCCACCAGUGGCGGGAUUCGAAGUUUGUCUACGGGCUUAAUUUCUCCAGCCAGCAAGAUGCGGAAGCGUUCGCCCGCGCCAUGAUGCACGCGCUAGAGGUGCUAAGUGGUCGCGUUCCCCCGCCCUCGAUAGCGCCGAUGCAAACGAAUCCAGCACAGAAUCAAAUGGCCUAUGACGAGGACAUGGGCUAUCGCACAAUGACCCGAGAGGACGCGGCCAUAAUGCAGCAACAGCAGCAACUAACGAUCCAACAAGUGCAGCAGCCAACCGGUCCUCCGGGAAUACCAGGCGGCGGCGGUGGACCUGGGAUUUUAUCGCCUCAAACACCAACGUCACAGGGCAUCCCCCCGGGGGGACCGAGUGUUGGAGGCGUUGUUGUGCCUAGCACCGUAAUGAACCAGCAACAACAACAACAACAGCAGCAACAACAGCAACAGCAGCAGCCGCCGCAGACUCAUCACCGCACCAAUAGUGCGCCGCCAGUUCCACAACCACCGGUUCUGCCACCACAACCGCCGAAACCAAUUUAUGCAUCACAGCAGAGCAAUACCAGCACCAACAGUAUUACAUAUGGAAGCAAUUCGCAACCUCAAUACCAACAGCCGAUUUAUGUAGCAUCCAAUCAAAAUCAGUUGAUGAAUCAGAUGGCCUCGCAAAUUCCAACGCCACCGAUGCAAAACGGUGCAAUCUACGCAACGGCGACCUGUUCGCCCAACACAAGCAGCAAUGUGAAUCCGAUCUUCACUGGACAGCAGCAGAUGAUAUUGCCCCAAGGGCCGCCAAACAAUUACGGACAGACGAACGGCACGUACGGUGGACAACCGCAGUACGGCAUAUCACCGGUUUCUCAGAUGCCAAUGCAACAGGUUCAGCAAAUCCAACAGCAACAACAACAACAACAACAACCGCCACCUCAAAUGCAGCAGGCGAAUGCCCCACCGCAAGCGCCACCACCGCCGAUGCCACCGGCAUUCCCACUAUCAAUGGCACCGUCUAAUAAUAUUCCACAGCCUCCUGCACCACCAUUACCACCGGCCAAUGUCGCGGCACCACCACCUCCUCCGCCGCCACCUGGUGCCAAUCUGUUGAAUUCAAAGGGAUCCGACGCUGGUAUCAACUCCCUCGCACUCCAACUCGCUACAGCCAAGUUGAAGAGAAGCCAACCACCGAAAACAGCCCCUCCGGCGCCGGUUUCUACUGUAACGGAAAACAGCGGCAGUAGCACCUCUAGCGGAGGUAGUGGUAAUUAUGGAACAAUAGGGCGAUCUUCCUCCGGAAUGGCCUCGAUGAUGGACGAGAUGGCGAAGACAUUAGCUCGACGGCGAGCACAGGUGGAAAAGAAGGAGCCGGACCCCAACGAGGACGCUCAGUCUCAAUCGUCGACACGCCAACGAGCGUGGGAAAAGUCCAGUACACUACCGCACAAAUUGGGUGGCAGCAGUCAGAACAACGCCAACAGCAACAACACCAGUCUGAGUGGUUCCGAGUCACCGAAACCGUCGCGGAAACGAUUCGGUAGUGCCAGUGAGGAGACGAUACUCAAGCAAAUCAAUGGCGACAGUUUCUCUCUGCCUAGCUCACUUGAGCUGGAAAAUUUCAAGGAGGAAAUCUUACGGGAAAUGCGAAACGAAAUUGCGAAAGCAAAACAGGAGAUCAUAGAAGCUAUCAAAUCCGAAUUCAAUAGGAGGUAAAAAUGUUGAUUUUUCGAUUGAGCGGUGAUGUGGAGAAGACGUUGGAGAACAGGAAGGCUGGAUAGUGAAAUUGUCUAAUUCGGAGAGAGGGGAGCUACUAUCGAAAUAACGGAGUUUGGAUUUUUUUUUCCUGGAGUAGAGAUUAGAAAGUUUUUAAAACAUCAAGUGACGCUUUUUCCGCUACGCUGUAUAAUGCGUACGGAUACAGCAUCCCGAUUUUAGGUUCUAGACUCGCAGACGGAUGGUAUGUGCGCCCCGGGGAAGAUUUACUGUGUUUUGGAGGUAAUUCUAUUUCUGGUGCAUUGAAAAAAAAAACGUGCUGUCAGACGAUUUACUGUUAUAUCUGUAAAAUGGGUAUAUAUUGAAGGAUAUAUGAAUUUAAUGAUUCGACGCAAUUGAUAAAAAAUAUACAACUAUACUAGAAAAACAAUUACCGACUAGUACUGGAAAAAAAUAAUAACAAAAUCUCAUACUCAUUGAAUAAACCUACAGCAAUGAAUAAUACACAACACAAUAACUACUAGCCGAUGAAAUUUUAAUUACGUUAGAAACACGCCGAAAUAUGAAACCGAAAAUCUUGAUUUUUUGUUAUGGAAUAUAGGCAUACUUCAGUUGAGACCAAUAACAGUAAACGAAUCAAAAAAGCAUAUUGCGCGAAUUACCGAACCUUCUUUCGAUAAACUAGAAUCGUUACGAACACAGGAAAUAUAUCAACACUCUCAACAUACGCAUUUCAUUCAUGGUAAAAUGAAUCGUAUUCCGGUGAAAUAAACAUUUCACAAUUAUCCAACUGUUGAUGAUGAACACAAUAAACAAAAAUAACACAUCGGCAUAGAACACAAGUGUAAACGUUCGGUAAGUCUGAUUGAUGUCUAUUGGUUUCGAUGUUUCCAAGUUUAAUUUUUCCACAAAACGAUACAUACCAUGCAUUAAUGAGCAUAAAGCGUUUAGUAAUUGUUAAGAGUAAGACCAUACGAUUUGUGAAGCAUAGAUAGCGGAAGAGAUAACGCGUAAUACUAAACACAGCCAUUUAUACACGAAGAGGAGGGGGUAAAGCUAUCGUAACUCAAAUUACUACCUUAAGUAAGCAGCAGCAGCAGCAAGCAGACUUUAUACAUAAACAUCGUACAUAGAGAAGAAGCAUGUAACUAAACUAAUAUCUUCAUUGUAUCGGGGUCAUUGAAACCUAUUGAUAAAAAAAAAACAGAGAAUAACCAAAAAGAAACACAGACACAGAAAAAAUGAGCGAACUAAUUGAGCGUUUUAGUCGUGUAAUAUGUCGUGAUAAAAGAACAAAAAAAACUGAUUGAUAACCGUUGACAAAGAAGAGUCGAGAAACGUAUACACAUACAUUUAGUAUGUACAUAUUAUUAUGGGUCAGCAAAUCCGAUCUCUCGCUGAACAUACAAGAGACAAGACGAAUGCAUGAAAAUCGUUUCUUUAAAUUAUGUUCCGGGGUUUGUGCCUGGUUCCUGGUGGUAUUUGGAUGGAUAAGCGUGGUGUUCCACAUGCACUUGACAGCAGUUAUACAUGAAUGAGAGGUAUCAAGGUAUUUUAUUGCAUCAAUAUAGAACUUUACGAAUGGAAAUCUAAAGACAGGGUUGCCCAAAGCAACGCAAGCAAAGCAAAAAUGAACAACAUUCGAAUUGUACUACCAUCAAACAUUUUUUUUCAAAUAGUCUGAAUGAACCUACAUUAGCAGUUAUAUUUUGACUUUUGAAGUUUAAAAAAUCCCUAUCUUGCCUGGCAGCCAGAAGCUACUGGUUAAAAGAUAGGUUUUAGAUUCUGAUUUUUAACAGACCCAUUUAGGUGUAAAUAUACUUUAUCGAAAAACAAAACUUUUUUUGAGCACUUUAAUGGCAAAAAUGAAUCGUAAUUAAAAUUCUCGUCCCUUAAAUCUUUCACCCGCCGAGUUUUUUGGACGAAUGAAUCUUUAAAUCUGUUCCAUUUUAUGCAAUCACAGAAACCACUGAUUGUAACCGUGAAAGUAGAAUAAAGGAUCUAUUUUAGCGUCUCAAUACUUUAAGUUUUUUACUCCCAAAGUAUUGGAAGACACUUUAUGGGCGACGAUGAUCAUUCUGGGAUUUUCAAGGGCUCCAGAAUUGAACCCAAGGGAGGAUGGCGAUAAACCAGGAAUUUCGAGCAGCGUUUCUGCGAAUAACCCACACAGCCGCUAUGUCAACUACAUAAACUACUGUCGAAACCGUCAAUUGAUGUCACGUUUCCUAACACCAUGAAGAGCUUGAAAAGAUCUUCGAGAGGCAGGUUUCCGUGUUCCACAAGCAUUAUCAAUGCUUGCAGCUGGUGAACCUACGGAGGCAAGGUCAGCAGGGCACUUGAACAAUUGGGGUUUAACGAACUGAAGAUCGACCAUUUCAAGUGCUUGAUUUUCGUCUAAGGUCUCAAAGCCCCACGCUACGCGGACGUUCGAACAAGUCUUCUUUCCCGUAUCGAAAGUGAAACGUCAGAAGCGCCGACGACCAUUUAAAUUCUGAUCCACGAGUUCUAGCGGCUCAUCAAUCUCAAGUCGGAUGAUAGAUGAUAGAACAUUUCGGAGAAGAAGCCAGACAAUCAGUAACGAUCACCGAAAACGUUAUGUAGAUCCUCCCUUUGUACUCCCUGCUGGUAGCCGCACCGCACCGGUCACAAAUAAGGCUACUGUGGCUUACUAACGGGUUUUUUUUUUUUUUUUUAUCUGUAUUAUAGUGACUUUCAACUCAUUUUGGCUGGUUCGUCACUUUUACUUCCAUUUUUGGAAGAAUGUCGGGAGUGAGAAUUGAACUCGUGACCUUUAGCGUGAGAGGCAUGGAUGUUACCACUACGCCAGAUCGCCUCCCAUUCUAACGGGUAAGUCAUACGUAGCGGGACUAAAUGAAAACACGUUUAGUAUAAAAAGUUUUUUUUAUUAAAUUCUUUGUUGCUUUUUCACAAGUCCAUGCAAUAUGCGUUUGAGGUGUAAAACAAUUAGACAGAUAGUGAUCCUUCAUCUUUAAUUUUCAUCGAAACCCUCGGAUCUCUCGCCAUCAUGAUCUGGACCACUUUAUGAUCUCCUUUUUUGGCACAUCAAUACGGCCCAAUACGACUCGACCGGCCGCGCGUGGUGUACGUUUGGAGGAUGCUACGUCCGAUCAGAACACAAUGGGCCUGAUCACGAACGACACUGCGCGGUGAAAACGAUAUGAAGUGCAUAUUAAUUGCGUACAAUUUAUUUCGUUUUCACCGUGAAGUGACGUUCGUGAUCAGGCCCAAUAUCUUCAUCCUUAUGGUACUUUUUUUUACAAAAACUUCCAUUUUCGGCAAACAGUUCUUCGUGUAGCCUGUCCAAAUAUCCGAAAGGCGCGCUCACGGAGAAAACUCUAUUCCGCGGUUUUUAUCGUAAACAAACGAAAACAUACUUAGCACGAACAACGCGCAUAAGGAGAAGAACAAAACCACACACAGCUGUUUGUCUUUCUUUAGCGUGUGUGACGGAAAACGUGAAAUGAAUUUAGUCCGUCUACUUAUGAUGUCACUAUUUCGCUACAACUGGAUUCCGCAAGCGAUAUAACGAUGGUUUCCAAGACAACAUGAAAGCAACUUGGACGUCCAAAGAUGAAACCAUCAUCGGUCGAAACAUCCAACGCGUUCGGUGGGCUACUUGUCCUUAUCGGCGAUUGCCAUUGUGAGGUCACCCUCGGAGACGAAUGGAUCGUAAGAUUUAAUGUCUUCAUAAACAAAGGAAAGGAAAAACAAGAAGAAGAUAACCCUUAACUGCAUGGUUUCGUCUCGACAUCACCGGAUCGCAAUGUGCUCAGGAAUUGACUGCAUCGAAAUGUUCAACCUGUGGUCGGCUUCAUUCGAUACUCUCUGCAGCCAAGUUGUGGCCGUGCAUUGAAGAAAUAACUUCGCAACUUCAAGCAAACCAUCCGGCGGUUUUCGGACGCUAUGAUUUCACGUCAAUCUGGAAAAUGUCACUACUUCCAAACCGAAAUCAGACACUUUGGACACAUCAUCGAUCGCAAGGGCAUUCACCCCGAUCCAAGAAAGCUCCAAGCCAUCACUUUCAUUCCGGCAGCUACCAAUGUUUUCGAAACCCGAUCCUUUUCGGGAGUUGUCAGUUUCUACGUCCAAUUCGUGCGCAACAUCCAUUCCGACGGAUUUCCAUUUCGUUCGAGUUAUGAUUUCGAAUACCCUAUUUCGAACGUUUUGCCCAUUUAAUGUUCGAAGAAAAACGUAUCAAAUGAAAUGCAAAAACAACUCGAACGAAAUCCAGAAUGGAAUUUUAUCAAGCCAUUCGAAAUAUUUCGAAUCGAUCGGAAUACAGAAUAGGGGUGACAAUUUUGUAUUCUGUUUAUUCGAUCAACUUUUUUUAAACUGUUCGAAAAAAAAUUAACAGGAGUACAAAUGUCAAAAUAAGCAAAACAAACCUAAAUAAAAGUCAUAUCGUGUCGGGUUCUGAAAUUCAAGUUUAUUCGAAUUCUUUUCGGUAGGAAUACAAAAAAAAUUGAAAGCAAGAACGAAAGUAAAAAUAAAUGUGACAUCCGAGUAGGAUCAAACGGAAUACAUAAUGGAAUUUGUCAAGGCGAUCGAAAUGCAGGAUCGAGGUGACUACAAGUUUUCCAUUGCGUGCUUCAUGAAUCUGAUGGAGAUGGAGGCUUGAUCGACUUAGAAAAUAUACAUUACCUGCUUCGUUCGAUUAUAGUGGGCCCUAUUAUAGAAAUCAAGUCGAUAAUAAUUUUGCUCGUUAGCUCUUUUUUACUAUUAUAGAUACCGAGCAAUUCGACAGCAUCGACCGAGUGAAAGCUAUCGAUGCAACUGUCAGAGUUUUUCGAGUUGUUUUGUGUGCUUAUUGCAUAUCUUCAGAUAAUUAUUUUGCUAUGGUUUGCUUCCCUUCGGGGAACAUUUCAGGAACACUUAAAUAUAUACAAUUGCAACACAUGAAAUUUGAGCUUGGUAAGAGAUUAUUUCGAUUUACAAAAUACGAAAUUUUGGUCGGUGCCAUAGUGAUAGUGACUGUAUCGAAUUCUCGAUUCGGUUUAUAUAAUAGAGCCGAUUAGGUUCUAGGUUCUCUAUGACUUCCAGGUACACGGAUAAAAUUUCCUGGUUAAGUACAUGAAUUACACUCGUCAAUCACAAAGGAUACUGCAACUUAGAAAUUUUUUGUAGGUUUAAGUGAAGGCUCACGUCUUUGUGCAUAAUUGUGCAUAAUUCCUAGUCUCGGAAAUGCUCAAAUAUUUACCCCAAUUCUGUGUUCCGACGGAUUCAUAUUCUGCUCAAGAGUGUUAUUUCGAUCGAGUUCGAAUUUUCCAUUUCCUAUUUCGAUUCGAUCGAAAUACAGAAUCGGGUGAUUAUAUUGCACUUUCAGAAAAAAAUGGCAAAUGAUUUCUAUUCAUUUCUGAUAUGGCUGUGCAUUUUCCUUGUGAUACACGUCAUCACAAGGAUGUACCUGUGGUAUAAACAUUUUAGAAAGUUUGUCAUAAACUUUGGUCAUCUGUGCAGUGUCCGAGUCGUUUGCAAAUCUUAAGAUUGCGUUCCACAGUUGGGUGGAGGUUCUAACGGGUGUUCAUUGAAAAAAGAGAAUUUCUUCAGUGAAAUAGUGAAAAAAAUUAAAUUAUUUCAAGCAAUACAGUCUUUUUUAAACAUAACCGUUGUUCUUCAAAAAGCCAGUGAAUGUUGGCAAAAGGGACGUGCUCAGCCGUACGGCGCAACUUGGUGGAGAUACUCUCUUGAGAGCGCUGGACGGCACUUACAUCCAUCUUCCGGAAGCAAUUCCGGGUCCUCGUUAUCAACUGCUUGGUGUCCGUGGCCCGCCAAUUAUUCUUGUACACCAGGGCACUGAGGGAGCCGAUCGGACGGCACUGAGGCAAGUUGGUCGGCUUCCGUUUCUUGGGUACGUACGGUUUCUGUUUUUCCUCGAGGUACGCCAACGUCUUUUUGGCGUAAUGAGAAGACGCCUUGUCUGGCCAGAAGACGUACUUCCCAUCAAAAUGAUGCUCAUCUGAGAACGGAACCAGGAUCUUCUCCAGGCACUCCUCCUGGUACACCUUCCGGUUGAUGGCAAGUCCGCUCGGCUUGUUAAACCAAGGCUUUGAAAUCCCUUUGUCGGAGAUUGCAAUAUACAGCAUAACUUUCUUCUCAAACUUAUGCUUGUAUUUGUACUUCUCCCGGGGGUGUGGAUUCCUUGUCGCUCGUAGAGUACCAGUCAUUGCCGGGAUUGUGGGACUUUGACAGCGGAAAAUAACUAUCUUCGUUCAGCACGAACGACGUUCCGCGAAAAUUCUCCGUCAUCCACCGGUACUGAAAUUUCUAUGUACUCUGAGGACCUAGUCUUCUUCCGACAGACGAUGCCCUACCUGCUCGAGGGUUCUGUGGAUGUAGGAAUGGGAGCAGCGAAAUUUUCAGCCGGCGUCUCGCAAACUCGUACCGUUCUUGUUGUCGAACAGCUUUUUCAGAUAUUCCUUCUUCUUUUUCGUCAUGAUUUUUGCCGGACGGCCACGGGUCUUCCGCUCAACGUUCCGAAAUACCAUGAUCCGGUAAACAGUGCUCACCGGCACAUUCUCGUCCCGAAGGUGAUCUUUUUUCCUUGACUUUCACGCACUUCGAAGAACAGUACAACGCGCUCGCGAAGUACUUGUUGUUUCGACAUCAUCUUUAAUUGAACUGACAGCACCCGAGCGAAACGAAACGAGCAACCCGUUUCUAGGGAGCCCAGAGAACAAUUCUCUCGGUGAGAAAAACAUUUACGUUCGUUACUGUUUUUUACAAAAAGGUAUUAAAGCUAUUCUCAUUUUUAUUGAACACCCGUUAGUCGAUGUAGUCCAUGUUAUUUUCACGAUACUGUAGUGGCUAUUGGGAUGGCAUCAAUUGACGAACCCCAAUUGGCAAAAAAGCUGUUAUGUUAUCCGAAAGCAGACAGCGAAAGAAAUGUGGAACUCGUUAAAGCAGAUUCACGAGUCAACGUCUUUGUCAUAGACGGUUCACAUCUUAUGAAAGCUGUGCUAUCGGGCUAUCGGAAGAGGUGGUCUUCUUGCGCACCCGAAUGAGAUAACGGAUCUGGAAAAUCGUUUGGAUGUGAUUGGAGAGGGUCUGAAGGAUAGAGUUUUUAUGGCGCUCAUUUUGUCGAGUCUUCCGCCAUUGCAAGCAAGGCAGCUUGAUAAAUGUGAUUGAAAACUGGCUGGGAAACGAGUUAACGACGGAUUUCGUGAUCAGCAAGCUGCAAAUUAUUUCCAGAAUCGUUUGCCAACGUCAACUAUCGAGAAGACGCCAUAAGCACUUCGAUAUGGGAAGAAGUCAUCUUAUGCUCUUCUUUGUAUCGGAAGCUUAUAUCCACGUGCCCAAGAAGAUGUGACGAAAGCUGGACAAGGAGGCAGCAUAGAUGAUCUUCGUUAGUUACGCGGAAGGGCGAAAAGGAUACCGUUUCCUGGAUACGAAAAAUGACUGGAUUGUGAUCAGCAGGGAUGUUAAAUUCCUAGAGAGAAAUCAGAUUCGCUCAAGAAGGAAACUUCUGACAAAUCCGAUAGGAGGGUAUCACUGUGGUCGACUUGCCAAAGAUCCAAGCUCGAUCUCCGAGGGUAUGGAUACUGGGAUUAAUUAAGCUCUGACGCUGAAUUCAGAGGAAGAAGCGGAUUCAAACUUGAACACCACAUUAUACGAGAAUCCGGCUGAAGACGGGAACAUCAUUUGCUGAUGUUCCUCUGAAUGAGAUUGCGGGAUUCCAACGAAAUCGAACAAAGCAGUUUCACUGAAAUGGUUGAUUGAAGAGGUGCUGGUGGUCGGUGAUCAUGCGUAGAAUAAACUGAAUGAACCAAGUAACUUCAAGGAAGCAGUUACUGCUAAGCAGCGUGCCGAGUGGAUAGUACAAUGGAGACUGAAAUCGAAUCGCAUGCUGUGAACGGAACGAAGUACCUUUUUAAUGUCUAUGGAUGUUUAAACUGAAACGGAACGCAUCUGGGGCAUAAGGGGCGGAUGGUGGCUCAAGAAUUCAGUCAGUCCCUGUAACUCGCGAAGGUUGAUGAUGCAAGUCCGCUAAAUACAGAAAACUGGUUGGAGCACUAUGGUAUAUUGCUGUCUGUGCAAGGCCUAACAUUGCAGUCAGUGUUUCAAUGUUGGGAAGAAGUGUUAGUGAACCAUAGGAAACAGACUGGGUGGCGUUCGAUCCGUUUCUCUUUGAAUAUUAAAUGGGCAAAACGUUCGAAAUAGGGAAUGCGAAAUUAUAGCUCGAACGAAAUAACGAUUACGAACGAAAUGGAAAUCCGUCGGAUACAGAAUAACUGAGUGUGUCACUACAAAAUAUGCAACACAUACGGAUUCUAAGUGGACAAUGCACUGUUAACUCACUUUGGGUGAAAUCAGGAUGUCACGUUGUGCUUCCCGUCGCACUGAUGCGCACAAUUAGCGGUCACAUCAUUUUCGUUAUUGGACUUGACAUUCUAAAUCCAGCUUCAGUCACAGUACUCGUCUCAUUUCUGAAUACUCAACGGAACUUUUGUUGUAACGAAAGAAUAUCCUAGAUACUGUCGAUAUCGCUAAAUUUCUCCUCCUGACAAGUUUCAAGUACAACAUUUGUUUGAAACUACGAAAAGUUCAUACAUUUAUGAUUUUCAGUACCUUAAAAAGUCUUGUUCUCACUCAGUUUAACAACAUGUGGAAAUGACCAAACACAAACUCCACUUCCGGAACAAACUAUACACCUCCACCCCUAUAAUGUAUGUGCAUGCUGAUGUCUUCAUUCUGCGCCAGUUUUCUUUUAUAUCCUGUGAACAGGACAUCCCCAACGGAACACAAAUGAGCGAGGGAGGUCAAAAACCUCACCCAACGAGAUAGGACUUGUUUAUUUAUUUGUGAUCUAGAUUCGACACCUGUUGUAUAGAACUUACAAACUACGGAACGAAUAGUGCACACUUAUUAUCCUUUCUCAACCAUUGGAAUGUGAUUAUUUUAAGCGCUUCUGGGUGUGCGUGUGUGCGCGCGUAUGUAUGUGUGUGUAUAAAUGUGCUAAAACGACAGGAAAAUAAACUACUUUCCAAGCGUUGGAGAAGAGUGGAAUUCAUCGAGCCACCGUAAUGGGUGACGCAAGUCUUACUGAUAACCAGAAGUAUUAGGUAGUGCUGAAAUUUUCUCAUGAAAACCAAAUUCGGGAAUUUUGUUAGCAAAUCUACAUCACAGACACACUUUCCUUAGUUCUCGCAACCAUGUGCUACAUGUGCUGUAAAGUGCUACUUUCGCUCCUUUUUAUGAUAGAAAAAUGAGUUCAUUUUAAUUUUUAUCGGUACUCGGCUUGACUGCUUCAAUAGCGAAUAUCUUUUAAGGAUUUGCUCUCUAGUUUUAACGUUGAUUUGCGUAGCAAGUACGCAAAAGCGAAAUAAUUUUAAUUUCGAAAAAAUUUUUCUCUAAUGUUUGCGCUAAUUUUGCCUGCUCCUGUUUACGUAUUAACCUUCUACACGGAUUAUGUGCUAUGUGCUUUUACGUUGCAAGUCUAGUAUUUAUGUAGUAGUGUAUGUAUAUUUAGAAAACGAAAGAGAGAACGAUAAAGUAGGAGAAGUGUAUCCAAAACUAAUGAUUUACCCAUGAAGCUUCCUAGAGAACAACUCAAGCUACAAAUGAACAUGUACCAAAUUAUGUUUUGACAAAACAAAAUAGAAAGCAAAGCUCCAGUAAGAAACCGCGGACGAAAACUGAGAUAUAAACUCCAGCUUAGGUGAAGAUUAUAAGCAAAUCAAAUUGAGAAAAAAGGAUAUCUCUAAUAUGUUUUUUGUGAUUUUAUUUUUACUAUUUUAUUUACAGUAUAUAUACAAAGAGAAGGAGAAAAGAGCAGACGAAUAUGUAGGAUUUAUUAGUAGUUACUGAAAGGGGUAACAGAAACGUAUUUGAGAUGAAAAAAAAAGUUCGCAAGAAACGUAAGUAGAGUAAUCGUCUCGGGAGCAACGUCUCGAUCGAGAUGGACAGCCAGACAGAAACACACACAACACGUAAAAGAAAAAAAACAUAUAGAUAACCCAAAUUUUAUAAAAAUUAACGAUAAAAAUACUG